UGGCCUUCCAGCACAUCCGGUAGCAGGCGGGGCUCCGUUGCCGGAGUAACUAGGCGUCGUUGUAGAGGUGGUGUCUUCCUGUGGCAGAGGUACCUAUUUCCCUGCGCCGAGAUCCUGAGACUAUGAAUCAUGGUGAAAGAUUCGUUUUCAUUACAGAGUGGUAUGAUCCAAAUGCUUCACUUUUUCGACGUUAUGAACUUUUAUUUUACCCAGGAGAUGGAUCUGUUGAAAUGCAUGAUGUAAAAAAUCACCGCACCUUUUUAAAGCGAACCAAAUAUGAUGAUCUUCACUUGGAAGAUUUAUUUAUAGGCAACAAAGUGAAUGUCUUUUCUCGACAACUGGUGCUAGUUGACUAUGGGGAUCAAUAUACAGCUCGCCAACUGGGCAGUAGAAAAGAAAAAACAUUGGCUCUGAUUAAACCAGAUGCAAUAUCAAAAGCUGGAGAAAUAAUUGAAAUGAUAAACAAAGCCGGAUUUACUAUAACCAAACUCAAAAUGAUGAUGCUUUCAAGGAAAGAUGCAAUGGAUUUUCAUAUAGACCAUCAGUCAAGGCCCUUUUUAAAUGAACUGAUCCAGUUUAUUACAAGUGGUCCUACUAUCGCCAUGGAGAUUUUAAGAGAUGAUGCCAUAUGUGAGUGGAAAAGAUUGCUUGGACCUGCAAACUCCGGGAUGGCUCGUUCGGAUGCUCCUGGAAGCCUGAGAGCCCUCUUUGGAACCGAUGGCAUAAGAAAUGCAGCUCAUGGCCCCGAUUCUUUUGCUUCUGCUGCCAGAGAAAUGGAGUUAUUUUUUCCUUCAAGUGGAGUUUGUGGACCAGCAAACACUGCUAAAUUUACGAAUUGUACCUGUUGCAUUAUUAAGCCCCAUGCCAUCAGUGAAGGACUGCUGGGAAAGAUCCUCAUGGCUAUCCGGGAUGCAGGUUUUGAAAUCUCAGCUAUGCAGAUGUUCAACAUGGAUCGAGUUAAUGUUGAAGAGUUUUAUGAAGUUUAUAAAGGAGUGGUGUCUGAGUAUAAUGAGAUGGUGAAAGAAAUGUAUUCUGGCCCUUGUGUAGCAAUGGAGAUUCAACAAAAUAAUCCUACAAAGACAUUUCGAGAAUUCUGUGGACCUGCUGAUCCUGAAAUUGCCCGGCAUUUACGCCCUGGAACCCUCAGAGCAGUCUUUGGUAAAACUAAGAUCCAGAAUGCUGUUCACUGUACUGAUCUACCAGAGGAUGGCCUAUUAGAGGUUCAGUAUUUCUUCAAGAUCUUGGAUAACUAGCAGUAGAGAAAGCGAAGAAGUCACAGGCUGGAGUAUUUAGACAAGAGUGAAUCACGCACAUGAGGAAUGUGUUCAUUCUUUUAUUGUCCAUUGUUUUAACCUGACUGAAUACAAGAUCAACAAGAGCACUGUACUCCUGGCAAUUAUUAUAUAUGUUAGAACAUGGAUUUUGCACUGUAGACAACAUUUAACACCAGUCUAUGGGGUACUGCAUUGCUUUUUAUAAAGUCCAAAAUAAAGAUUUAUUUUCAAACAAGUGACUUUGGUUUAUUUCAUACAUUACACUUUUUCUUGCAGAAAAAAAUAAAAUUGUACAACUGCAUAAAUAUAAAAUUCUUCCACCAUGAAAAUGGUUAAAACAUUCAUAAAGACACAGCACCAGCAUGUGAUGCCUCCAGAGAAAGGAAAAGAGGAAAGUAAAGGAAAAUGUACAAAGCAAAUGAAUUAGGCCUGUCACCAGCCCAAGUGACAGGCAAUCCAGAUCUCAUACACAGCUUCAGAAUGUACUGGAGGACAAGGGAAGAGAUGUCAAGACGGCAUUCAAUACAAAGCACAACACAACCCAUCACCUUUUUGUAUUUUUCUGUAGUGUCACUUAAAAUUUAAAGGGCAGUUCCCCCAUGACAGCCCACCCCCACCCCCAGCCCCAGGAAAAAAAAAAAAAAAAAAACCAAAAAACAAAAAGUAAAGACCUAAUACCACAGGAAAAGACUAUGGAGUGUGUUAAAAAUGCUCAUUGAUGGGCCAUUAUUUUUGAAAGAGCCAAACCAAAAAAAAUAAUAA